UUGUCCUCCCGUCUUGCUCAAGGGCGUAUUCCUCCACCAUGACUUCCUUGUUAUCGACAAUCGCGAGAGGAACGCCUAAGGCGGCGAGAUUCAUGGCCGGGGGCGGCGCUGGCUUGAGGGCCACGCGAAUCCGUACCCUCCGGACGCUCACAGCAGGACCUCUGUCAGCAGACUCUCGGCCGUCGCUGUCGUCUGCGCUGUCACCAGCACCAGCAGCCCCCACCCACCAGCAGCAGCUGCAACGGAGAUUCCUGUCGAUCCAGUCCGAAGACAUCAACCCACAAGAAGCGGGCGCUACAGCAGCGGCUGCAGGGGAGGCACCGGCAGCAACAGGGGAGGGGGAGGAGGUGUCGGAGGAGGAAGUGACGCCGCCGCCGGCGGGGAGCCCUGAGCCCCUGUACCUGAUCCAGGUAAACGGCCUCCCGUUUACCAUGGCGACGGAGGAGAUCGAGCAGUGGUUCGACGAGGCAGCGUGCUCUCCAGCGAAGGUGGUGGUGCCGCUGUGGCCAGAGAGGUCCAUACGCGCGGGGCAGAACAAGGGCAUGGCGUACCUCUACUUCUCCAGUGAGGAGGACACCCAGAAGGCGCUGUCCCUGAGCGGGAGGUCCAUCGGGGAUCGGUGGAUCAACAUCUCGAGGCUGGUUCAGCCUCUCGAGGAGUCAUGCACGGUUACGAUCAAGGGUCUUCAUGGAUUCCCUGAGGGUGAGGUUGUGGCUAUCUUUGAGGAGGCCGUGGGCGCGGCGCCCGUGGAAGUCAAUAUCAUCGAGAACCCUAACCGAUCGCGAGGGUUGGCUUUCGUCAAGUUCGAGACGCCGGACCUGGCCAGGGCGGCGUUGCAUUUGGACGGUUCCAAUAUCCAAAACCAGUGGGUGGACGUGUCGCUGCACGUGAUGAAGCAGACCUCGAAGGAAUUCCGCCUGGGGAGCGGGUCUCAGCCGCCUUUCGGCCCAGACGUGCCCGAUGAGAUGGUGGUGAUGCUCAAGGGCUUGCCGUUCAGCCUCUUGGAUGACGAGAUCAAGGCGUUUAUCCUUAACCACGACAUUGCGGAGGACGAGAUCGUGGCGAUGAGCGUGCCCAAGUUCAACGAGACGCAGUUCAACACGGGGAUUGCGAUGAUCCACUUCAAGUCGGACGAGUCCGUGGCGCGCGCGCUCGAGCUCAAGGGAACCUACAUCGGCGAGAGGUGGGUGGAUGUGUCGCGGUGGAACGACCGCAACAAGCCCAACCAGAAAAAGUCUCACAGGCAACAGAUGGAAGAGACACGAUCCGCGGUACAGGCCUCGCUCAAGGAGAAGCACCCGUCGUUGCCGGUCGUCUCCAUCUCGGGGCUUCCCUUCCACAAGACGGAGGAAGAAGUCAUAGAGUUCCUCGAGGCGAGCGGGGUACCCAGGUCUGCGAUGUUGGAGGUGGAGAUGCCCCUUUUCCUGCAGACCCAGAACAACACGGGAGCGUGCUGGGUGGUCAUUAGCGAUGUGAGUCCUCUGUUGUUGUUAUGGGUAUGA